AUGGCGACCGCCCAAAGACAGCACUGUUUUCUGUGUGACCUGCCACGGAUGCCCUGGGCAAUGGUCAGCGACUUCUCCGAAGCCGUGUGUCGUGGUUGUGUGAAUUACGAGGGCGCCGACCGCAUCGAGGCAGUCAUCGAAUUGGCCAGACAGAUGAAGCGCGCCCAUGGAUUCCUGGACUCGUCGGCUGCCGCAGCCGCAGCUGCCAUGGUCUCCAAGGUAGCUCAAAACGGAGGUAUCGCCGACUCGUUCGCGACCAUGGCCGCCGCAGGUCUCCACGGCCGCGCUCUCAGCCCAUCCGCCGCUCACCACCAGUUUCCGUCCCUCGCACGCAACCCGCUCGGCAUUGACAUUACCCCGGGAGGAGGUGCCGCGGGUGUGACCGGUGCCACCCAACGCAUUCCGUCUGCCACAAUCGCCUCUCUGAAUGGAAGCCGUCUCGCGGAGGACCUGUCUGUACUCCACGGGGACCCGGCAACCAGGGUCGGUUACUACGGGGCCGCCGCCGGCGUCAGGUCCAUCUCGCAAACUGUGCACGCGCCGCGACCCAUUGGACUCUCUGGCAUCGCCCUGCCGCCGACCAUUUCUGCCGUUUCCUUGCCUCUGCAGACCCGUCCUAACUCCCGGCCAUCGAACAACCCGUCCGCUCUCUUGAAUCGCAAACGCUUCUCCACUGCCGAUGAAGAAGACCCAGACAUGAAAAGAACCCUCCAGGAAGAAGCAAAACAGGCGAAUUACGACGCACGCUACCGCGGCGGCCGGACCAGUGAGUAUUUUUUCACUUAA